CGCGGAUUUCGCGGAUCGGCGCUGGGCCCCGCCUCCUGGAGAGGUUCAAGGGAGCAUCGGAAGUUGAAUGCUCUCCGGAGACCCCCCUGGCCGCUCCCCAGACGGGCCAAGAGGCUGCCCAAAGGGCUGCCGCACGAGCCAAGAUGGCUCCAGUAGGCCCUCCUGGCCAUUCUGGCUCAAGCCAUUUUGGCUGAAGUCACCGAGCUAAAUCCAGUGGUUCAGUGUCUUCCUUGCUCGCUCGCGUGCAAGAAGGUUCACUUUUACGCGAAGAUGCCCAGCACGUUGCAACGCUCGGAGUCACUGAUGAUCAGCGACGAGGCUAUGGGGUCAAUAGGCGAAGCGCUCGACAGCCGCCAUUUCCGCGCUGCGCUCCAGGAUAGGCUUGCCGUGCUCGAGGCCAUCAGCAACAACAGUGAGAAGAUCGGCGUGCACGUGAGCGGUUUGACCUUGGCGAUCUGCGCUGGAAUGGUCAAUGCUGUGGCGUUCGCCAAGUUCAGCACGUACGUCAGCCACGUCUCCGGCUCUUCCACGGCGAUCGGGCUCCGCCAGUUUGGAGACCAGCCUGGGGAUGUGCCAACGCCCGCGCUGCUCGUUCUUGACUUCAUCAUCGGGUCAACCCUGUGCGGCCUGCUCAUCCCCAAGGCGACGCUUAAGAUCGGCAAGGCGCCCUACUCGUCUGUCCUCAUGAUACUCGCGCUCAUCAUGGCCAGUCCGAUAGUCUUGCGCGGCCACGGUAUUCUCGGCGCGCACCUUUUGGCCCUUGGCUGCGGCCUCCAGAACGGGCUCUGCUCGUCUUGGAGCGGAAACGUCAUUCGCACGACCCACAUGACUGGAACGGGCACGGACCUGGGCUUGGCCAUUGGUCGAAUCAUCGCCAGGUUUUUGACGAAAUGCAGGAACUUUGCGCCAGAAGAUUGGGAAGAGCAUACCGCGGACAGAAACAAGGUGAUUCUCAUGAGUCUUCUCCUUGCCGGAUUCAUAGGAGGCGCGUGCUUGGGCUCCAUCGCGUACAACGCCUUCAAGCUCUGGACCCUCCUCAUGCCUUCGGGCCUGUACUGCAGCCUCGCCCUUGUCCACGAUCUCUAUGUCCAUUCUCAAGGGGACACAAUCCAGCAGUCGGUGGCUUUGGAGUCGCAGUUCGAGCGGCAGCUGAGCGGAGCCAGCGAGUUCCAGCGGCAGAAGAGCGGGCAGAGUAAGCAGGACAAGCUCCUCGGCAGCAUUCAGGAGGACUCGGCCUUGGCCGCAGCAUAGCGAUCGCGCGGCAGUUCUGAGGCCGAGCUGCUCAUGCACCGCCGGCAUUGCCAUUCAUUUUUCAGUCGACCAGACCUGAGUACUUUUUUGGUAUUGUGUGAGUAGUUACCUGAUCGUGCGCUAGUUAUUGUGUCGUCGACGUACGAUGCGCCAGCGAUAGGGUGCCAAUGUGGGACGCCAUCGGCAUUGCCUUUUACCCUCUGGCUUAAGUUGUCCAUCUUUGGGGCGUGCUUUUACUUCCCACUCGUUUGCGUCUGGCGCCAGCCGCGAAACUGACGGCGAGUGUAGCGCACGGCUUGCAUAUCUGUCCAAUGCGACGAUGUCUUGUCGUGGUUUUGCUCGAACUAAUAGCCCCGCUCCUUUUUCCGCCUCCCUCUCUUCUCCGAUUGGGCACAACGUUGUCCGUCGUGGGAUGCAUGGGCUCGUUGCCCUUGUGAUAUACUCAGAGAUGGUAUUUCUGGUGAUGCGGGGGAGAAAAGAACAUCGAA